AUGUCAUUCAUCAUUUUUUAUUCUUUGUUUCAGUACCAAGGACAGCAUUCAGCUUUAAAGGAAUCCCACGUGACAAGUGACAGGCGGCUAGUGAUAAGUGACAAGUGUUCGCCCCACCAUGGGUCAAGUGGACUCGUGUUUAGUGCCACAGCGGCUGGACCUGGACUUCCUGGACAACUCCAGGACAAACCCCCAUGCGGGAUGCCGAAAGGAACGUUGAAGACUUCAUUUUUGGCGGGUUCAACAUUUACCGUUCAUUGGCAUUUAGCCUAUGCCCAUAAAGGCGGUUUUAGCUUGAGAAUCCUCGACGAUUUAGAACGACCUGUUCUAGACCUUACUCCGAGGGCCGGUGGGUCUGAAUUCGUGAGGGAUGACGUCACCGCCCAAAAGUACGAGGUCCGAUUGCCCAGCGACUUCACCUGCGAGAACUGCACCCUCCAGCUGCAGAGGGAGGCCGGUGAAUGGGGUCCGUCUUACAGAUUCUGGUCGUGCGCGGACAUCGACAUAGUGCAACGCAAGAAGUUCCACGAGACCUGCUCCGGUCACGGGUUCCACAUCCUGGGCAGGUGCAAGUGCCACAAGGCGCACUCGGGCAACAGGUGCCAGUUCGCCGACGAGUGCUCUGAAGAUGGGGAGUGUGGGCUGCGGGGGAAGUGCCUGGACAUCAACGCCACGGAGGCGCCCACCAGGAUGUGCUACUGCCCCCACGGGUUCUACGGGAAGGGGUGCAACAAGAAGGCACCGUGGAAGGACAAGAACGUCGACCUGUCUUUGUACACAAAAAAGGAGCUUUCAAAAAGGUUCGCUUUAUACUGGCGCGUGUUGAAGGAAGCUGCCGAGAUCGAGUUCAUAAUGGUUGUGAACGGAACUUCUUAUGCGGGUCUCGGUUGGCGACCUAGCGGUUUGACGAAGCAGUGCAAGAACUUCCCGGUUUUAGGACCACCUCCAGACCAGACCACGAGCACGCAGAAACCGGAACCGUUGCCCGAGCCGGAGCCCAAGACCGAACCGGAAAACGGCCCCGCGCCGGAGCCGACCUCCGAGCCUGAACCCGAACCAAAACCGAAACCGGAACCGGAAGCAAACCCGGAACCUGAAGCAAAACCGGAACCGGAGGCAAAACCUGAACCGGAAGCAAAACCAGAACCGGAAGCAAAACCGGAACCGGAAGCCAAGCCGGAACCGGAAGCAAAACCGGAACUGGAAGCCAAGCCGGAACCCAAACCGGAACCGGAAGUGACGCCGGCGCCGGAGCCGAAGCAGACCGUUGUUUUGGAGAGCGACAAUAGAAACAAACGUGUAGCGAUGCAUUCCCUGGACGGGCUGGACUUCAAGAACCUUGGUGAUGACGUCACGGUCAAGACCAGCGUCUCAUACAAGAUCUCUAGUUCCAAGGGUAGAGGCAAGCGCGCCGCACAACAGCCGAACAAUACCGACGGCCGUGGGGGCCGCGAGACCGGUCCGUACCAGAAACCGGCGCCGGCCGCGGGACCGGUUCCGGUUCCGGGCCAGAGAACGGCGAAACCGUCGCCUAAACAGGUGCAAAAACCGAAAUCCGAACCCGAGCCGUCCCCCGAGCCAAAGUCCGAGCCGGAACCAUCCCCCGAACCGAAACCAGAACCCGCCGCAGAGCCAGAACCCUCCCCCGAACCCACUUCCGAACCAGAACCCACCCCAGAACCAGAGAACGAACCGGAACCCAACGAGAUGGAGAACUUGCUAGUGAAAGGACUCAGAGAGGAAUCAGGAUACUUCCCUGACCACGAGUACGCUCCGAAAUUCGACUUCAACGGCAUGGAUUGCACAGACCUGGUGAUAGGAACGGCCAGGGGAACCUACCACCGAGUGCUUGAUUAUUACACCAGGGACAGGUCCACCCCUAGGGUUGACACGUUUUGGGGUGGACGCGAUGACGUCACGGCCGCUUCCGGCUUCGAGGAGAACGGCGUUACAACAAUCAUGUUCAGAAGAAAGAUUAAGGCCACGGAGCCGACCGAUCACUCGUUUGUGGACGACCUGAUGCACGCCACGGAGCCGACCGACCACUCGUUUGUGGACGACCUGAUGCACGUGAUUUGGGCCCACGGGCAGGAGAAAUCGCCCCAGGGCGACUUCUACAGGCCCGACGAGCUCAAAUACCACGGGCACGGCCAGAGAGGGGUUGCCACCAUCAACUUCUUCGAGGAGACGAAAUCCUCAUCCGCGGGCGGCCUAAAACCCCUGGAAGGGGACCAGUGCGGCGGCCAGUGGAUGCUGCCGGCCGAUUGCGACCCCAAAAAUGGCACCUGCGACUACCACGCCACCUGGGAGUACCUCGGCCUGAGAAGGGGAAAGGACUCCGUCCGCUUCACCAUCAGGACGAAGCAGACGAAGCUCUGGACCGGCAUCGGGUUCAGCAACAACAAGAAGAUGUCGCAGACGGACGCGGUCGUCGGGUGGGUGGACCCGCGCACGUCGCGGCCGUUCGUCGGCGACGCGUGGCUCAGCGGCUACACCAUGCCGAGGCUGGACGACCGGCAGGACAUCAGCCGCACCAGCGCCAGCCUCGAGGACGGCUUCACCACCGUCAGCUUCGUGAGGAAACGGGACACGGGGGACAAGCAGGACCUUGCGUUCACGGACACCGAUUGUCUGUACAUGAUGUUCGUAACGCAAGGUGGCGGGUUCGAUGCCGUCAACAAGCGGAUGAGCAAACACCAGCAAGUGCCCUUCGUCACGGAGGAGAGGGUUUGCAUCAAACCCUGCGGACCGGAACCGGCGGAGGACGAGGCGACUACGGAGGUGGUGGUGCCAGGAGAGGUGGCCUACUCGAUGCUGAUCCGCAUCACCGGCCUCGCGGAGAGCUUCAAGCCGCCGCCGCCCGGCAGCAAGGAGUUCGAGGACGCAUUUACCGUGGACGGCAGCGGCCAGCUCGUGGACGCCCUCGGCGGGGAGCUGGCCAAGACCAGGGGCUACAAGGGGCUCGCGGUGAACGGCUUCAUGCAGAACGAGACGAAGGCGAUCAUCGCCGAUUUGACAUUGAGGUCGAUCGACCCCAACCAGCUGGAGGCCAGCCGCUCCCUGGAUAGCGCCGUCUCCCCUAGCAACGGUUCAUCGGAGGGGGACAGCGAUAUGCAGAAGUGGCAUGGCGCGGUGCAGGACACCCUGCUCGCCGGCAGGGUCGGCAAUUUGAACGUGGACCCGCUGUUCCUCUCCUUCGAACCGCUGAGCCUGGUAUCGACGCGUCCGACGGAGCCGACCGUGGUGGCAGGCUGGUGGUCGGCGGCCGGUGGCCGACUGUACGUGGUGGCAGCCUGCGUGGCAGCGCUGCUGCUGCUGGCGAUGGUGCAGGCGGCAUGCACGCUGGCUGCCACCAGGAAAGCGCCGCCCAAGGACCAGCUGAUCCCGAACAACGCGUGGAAGGAGUACUCGAGCGCGAACACCAACUACGCGUUCGAGCCGUUUGCCCGCCGCCGCCGCGCCCCUCCAGCGCCCACGCGGACCCGAGGCCGAGGCGCGACGGCACCAACGGCACCAGGCACCAAAAGCACCAAGAGCUCCAACGGCGUCUACGGCCACGGCGGGGCCUAUGACGCCAACGGCACCAACGGCACUUACGGCACCAACGGCAGGAAGCACAACAGCGCGGCGCAGUUCUACCACGACACACGGUCCCUGCAGAGGCCGAGGGCGCAAUACGGGUCGUACGGGGAACGGGACGGCGACAGGGCGGCCUACUCACUGCCGCGCGGCGCCCGCAACGACCCCGGCCAGCCGGACUUCUACUUCAUGCCGUCCCAGAGGAAACACGAAGAUUUU